CCAUGAGCAUCUGACAUGCUCUCCCGCCUCGUCCUGCGCCCGCGCGCGGCACCCGGCCUCGCGGGGCAUGGGCCGGGCCGACCCCCACCACGCCGCCUCGCCUCGGCUGCCCUGGCGGUGGACCCGGGGCGCUCAGAUUGGGCCGCGAGGUCCGAGGAGGAGCGCACGCCGAGGGCGAGUCCGAGGCGAAGCGAGAUGGCGCGGCGUCCAGACGUCGAGUCCGUCGCCGCUACCUCGGCCACCUCGCAGCAGCUGGCUCCGGUGCCGCCUUGCCUGCCCCGACCUCCAACAUUGCGCCCAUCACAACCCCGGCCCGCAUCACCAUCUCAACAGCCCCGACAGAAGAUGCCCCGCGGCGGCUCGCGCCCCGCCCCCAACGUACCUGGUGAACCGAGCCGGCGUGUUGUUGAGGUAUUUCCUCGUCUCAGGUCUGGAGGGAACGCUACGCUCCCCGAGCGGACGCCUUCCGUGUCGCAGGCUGACGGAAUCGCUGACUCUGCCGGACAGUACAACUGGGCGCUCGGAUACCGAGGCGCAGCGUCUUCGGAUGCCGACGCGCGGAUACAGGCAGUUGCCGCGCGUUUGGAGCGCCAGUAUCCAGACCGACCGGAAAGCCAUCCUCCGCUAGCGCCUACCACCACAUCCACACCCACAUACACAUACACAUCCACUUCCACAUCUCCUCCCACUCCGCCCCGCCUCGCCCCACCGCUGCCGUCCGUGAUCCACGCCCUCCUCCCCGUCGCCUCCCGAGCGUCGCCGGCCGAAGCGCUCGCGCACCUCGAGCACAACCCGCGCAAGCUGAACCCGGCUGCCGUUGCGGCGUUGGAUACAUGGGCGUACCACACGAACGACGAGCGCACGCGCCAGCGCCUGCGCCUGCUCGCGCGCGGCGAGGGCGUGCGCAUUUUUCCUAUUGAUUACGGAGAUCGCUGGAACCACGCAUCCUGGAAACUUGAGCGGAGGGGACACCGGCGGCCCAACAAGUUCCUCUGGCAAAAAUACCCGCCCUUGGAUACCUUGGGGGGCAUGAGUUCGAGGACAUUGUUGCGUCACCAGCACGCCCUGCUCUUGUCCGGAAAGGGAUACGCUUUGGACGAAAUCCUAGGACUGCUGCAUGUCCUUGAAGCGACCUCUGAACAUCGCCUCGACGCUCUCCACCUCGCUCUCGCCUACGCAAGCGCCAUGCAGGUGCACAGCCUGCUCAGCUCCUUCGCCACCAACCCGCAGGCGGUAACGGCGCCUACGCCUCAGCGGUUCUCGCGCCAGACCGUGCAUCUUGCGCUCCUCACCCGCCUUCGCCGCCGGACCCGCGUCGCGGACGUGCUGAGAAUCCUCGCUCGCUUCGACGGCCCGCCUCGCCGCACCCCUGGCCCCGAGACAUGGCGUCAUGUGGCGAAGCACGCGCUCGCGCACGACGAUGCCGACCUCGCACGUCUCGCGAUGGACGGCGGCCUAUCUGAACUCGGCGCGCUGCGCGCCGCCGCGGCUCGUAGCCCCGUUCCGCGGCCUUUUCAGCCUAUCUCCAUCAAUGCGGACACGGACAUCCAAACCCGCCGGCGCGCCGAGUUCGAAGAGGGCCGUGCGACGGCCGCUGACCCACCGAAACCAAAAUUCCUGCACAUCGGGAAGCACACGACGCGCUGGAACUUUGUGCUCCACGCAUGCGCGGACCGCGGAUGGGCGGUACGCGGCGACGUGCCCGAGGGUGAGAGUCCCGUCCCACGCCUCCUGCGCCGCUGGAAUUGGCUCGGCGAGGAGGGGAGCUUUGCGCGCCGCACUGAUCUGGUCCUCGAGAGCGAGGUGCUGGCCGCUGCGGAGGAAGACGCGAGGCAGAUGGACGAGGCUGCCCCGCUGCCGCGCCAGCCCCGGACCAAGUCCAAGGAUGCCAAGGAGCCGAAGGAGGGCGUCAAGGACACGACGCCCGCCAACUUUGGCACAGGGUUGGGCCGCCGCGUCGUCAUUGACGGCGUCGCGUACCGUGUCCAGAAGUACGAGGGGCGCAAGGUCGCUCUCACGUCGUGGAUGCGGCGCCGGACGCGCGCGACGAUGCGCGGCUGGCAGCGCGAGAAGGAGAAGGCCGCGCGCGAAGCUAAGGCUGAACGAGAGGAGAGCGCGGCUCGCACCAAACGGGACGAGCAGUGGGAGGACGACUGGGUCGAUUCGGAGUAUGCCGACGAGCAUGACUACGACGAUCCUGCCCCCGCCCCCUGCCCUGUCCAGAAGCCCGCGUCCGCGCCGCUCCCAGCCUACGUCCUUCGCCGCUCAGCCGACGGCUCUGCCUCCCCCGAGUCGAUGGUGCUCGCCGCGCCCGCACAGCUCCCCCCGCCCAGGCCGCGCUUCGCCGAGGUGCAGAAGGAGAAGGAGGAGAGCAACGCCGACAAGAAGAAGUUCGAGCUACCGGCAUACAUGCGCGAUACGACCACUUAUAUGCGUGACGCAUCGGCCAACAUCAUGGCCGAGUAUCAGGCGCUCAAGGGCGGCAUGAACUCCGGGAUGCGGCAGCGCGCGAUGCGCCUGGCCAAGGCGGCCAAGGUGGCGGCGCGCAAUGCCGAGCUCGCGGCGCGGAAGGCGGCGAGCGGCAAGGUCUCGACGAAGAAGAGCGGGAUCGGGAAGGGGGCGGCGAAGAAGAAGAAGAAGAAGUAGCAUUAGACUGCAUAUGCAUUGCCUG